AUGGAACGAUGUCUUGCCGUUCCCCUUCUUGCGCGUUUCUCACCUCCUACCCUGCUCCCUGCCCUGCUCUUCUGCUCCCCUCCAGCGUCCACCUCCAACGCUCCUGCCAGCGGGUCCAGUGGAUCGGCAGCAGGGGCCAGUGGAUCGGCAGCAGGGGCCAGUGGAUCUGCAGCAGGGGCCAGUGGAUCUGCAGCAGGGGCCAGUGGAUCUGCAGCAGGGGCCAUUGGAUCUGCAGCAGGGGGAAAACGGUUGGCGCAGAAAGGGACGAAGCCGCCCAAGCCAGCCAAAGGUGUUCUCCACAGCGGCGGACGGGCAGACGCAUGCCACACCACUCCAUGCCACCCAUCCUCACCUCCCCUCUUUCUCCUCCGUUUUUCACCCCGCUUUCGCCCCGAUUUCUCCCUGCUCUCCCCUCCUCCCCCUCCUCCCCUCUCCUCCUCUCUCUCCUCCUCCAAGAAUUCGGACUUUUUCAGGUAG